CCAUAUACCGAGGGACGGGCCUCAGAGCUAAUUAGGAAGUGAUCACUGCCGCGCGAGACAAAGCGAUCAUUACCGCGAGGCUUUGCGAGAUCUGCGAGAUUCGAAGGCUCACAUCGGUGUUUUUACCUUCAUCUGUAUCAUCCACGAUGCCACGAUACAAAAAAGGAUGCAUUGGAAGGCGAUCUAAGCGUUCUGGCACUAAGUCUAAAAGUGUGGAUCAGCAAUCAACUAUAAGGGAUGCAGCUUCACCGACCACACUUCAUGACAACACAACAUGUCUACCAGGAAUAUUGGAUGACAAUAUUGUUAGACAACUACAGUGGGCUGAAGCUUGGGCAGCUUUUCACAUCGGUGCUGCUGAACACCACCAAGAAGCAGUUGCAAGUGAAUCUCACAGUCAUGGUGCAUCAACAGAUUCUGACAACUGCUCUGCAGAUGCGUUUUAUGUCCUUGUCGGCAAGAUGCACCAGUACAACCCUGAUGACAAUCUGGACGACGUUGUCACUGGCAUACUUCAUCACAGAAGAUACCAACAAUACUCAUGUUUGAAAAAUACUUUAUUUGAAGAGUAUGACCAACUUGGAGACUUCACAAUUAUCCGGACAAAAGAGGAUGUGAUAAAAUUAGCUCAGUUUUAUGAGGGUUCUGACUUAGCUGUAAAACUGGCAGUGACAAUCACACCAUCACUGAUGGCAUCUAUCUCUGUUCACAGACAGAAAAUUGGACAUGAUCAUGAUUUUUGGAUUGGUUUGCCCAAGUUCUUUUCAACUCUCAAAGAUGUCAAGAAACUGCUGUCAAAGUUGUCCUCUUACCAUGUCUGCCUCGGAAAUUAUGAAGACAAAUACAGCCAUCUUGUUCCGAUAGGUGUUGGGUUGAGUCAGACUGCUGGUCCAGGCAUAUCAGCAUAUAGAGAAUGUGACUUUGGUGUAAACAUCAACGGCAUUGAAUUUAGCUCAACCAUCCGGUCAGCACGUUGUGCCCUGCUAGCUUUUGGGAAAACGAGAUGCGAACAUUGUUGUAGGUACCGUUCUACUCUCAGGAAAGUACUGUCACGCAAUAGCCUAUCUCCUAAACCAUGUCAGCCACACCCUCACAAACUGUCUCAUAAGACACAUAAGCACAUGACAAAAAUGGAACUUGUGAACAAAUUUCAAGCUGUUAAAACUCACAAUCAGGCACUUAAGAGUGAAUUAGGUCAACUGAAAAGAAAAGUGUUUCAUACAUUUGGGAAUAAAGGACUAAAACUAAAUACUACAAGCGAUGAGGACUUGAGACACAUGCUAAAAGAAUACAGCUCUGAGGUACAAAGAAGUUAUCCGGAUGAAAACUCUCUGCAAAGAUUAUUUUGGGAACAACAAGUGAAGUAUUCAAACCUAACUGACAAACGUUCCAUGAGAUGGCACCCUAUGGUGAUCAAAUGGUGUCUUUACUUGCGGAGCAAGAGCAGAAAAGCUUAUGACGCUGCACGGAAUACAGGUUUUAUAAAACUGCCAAGCAAGAGAACCCUAUUUGAUUAUUCCCAUUCUUUGCCCAGCAUUCUUGGAUUCCAUCCUGAAUAUGGUAAACAUCUGAUGCAGGAAGCAAAGGCCUUUGGCAUGCUGGAGAGUGAUGUUAAAUCCUAUGUUGGCAUUUUGCAGGACGAAGUGAAAGUAUCAGAAGGACUCGUAUAUGACAGAUCAUCUGGGGAAUUAGUUGGAUAUAUGGACCUUGAUAAAACUGGUAAUGAACUGCUACAAUUGGAAGAUUCAUUGAAGGACACACAACCCCAGUUAGCCCGUACUAUGCUAGUGAUAAUGAUCCGCGGUAUUGUAGCAGAUUUCCGGUAUCCGUAUGCAGCUUUUGCUACAAGAAGCAUUGAAUCGUCAUAUUUAUACUCUAUAUUGUGGGAAACAGUUCUAACGCUAGAGAACAUUGGAUUGAUGCCUAUCUUCAUCACGUGUGAUGGUGCUACCCCAAAUAGGAAUUUUUUUGAAUUGCAUCAUGUGCCACAAUUGGGUAAUACCUACUGGACAUGGAAUCCUUAUUCAUAUCCAAAACGGAAAUUAUAUUUCAUAUCAGAUGUGCCUCAUCUGCUCAAAACCACAAGGAAUUGUUUUGCCAAUUCAGGCUCCCACAAGAUGUCCAGACAGCUGUGGAAAGAUGGUUACGAUAUAAGCUGGCUGCAGAUUGUGAGACUGUAUGAACAAUUUGUGGAGAACUCACUUUAUUGUAAAACGUACAAACUUACAAGGGACCAUAUUGAUUUGACAUCAUUUUCAACAAUGAAAGUCAAUCUAGCCGCAGAGGUGUUCAGUACAACUGUAAGUAAUGCUCUGGAGGAACACUAUGGAGACGAAGUGAAAGAAACUGUUAACUUCAUAAGACACAUGGACAAGUUCUUUGACUGUUUAAAUACAAGAAGUUUAAGAGAAGGAGUUAUGUCCAGAAAUUCAAACAAGAAGGAAUACAGGGAUGUUAAUGAUCCUCGGUUGGAUUAUUUAGUAAACAAUUUUUUGGACUUUUUCAAGUCAUGGGAGGAGAGUGUCAUGAGGCGUCCAGGUGACAUGACAUUAGCGGAAAGAAGACGCAUGAUGCUCAGUCAUCAGACAUUGAAAGGACUCCAUAUAUCUGUUAAGUCAAUUGUAGAAUGUGUUAGAUACCUAUUAACUAAUGGUGCUGAAUAUGUCUUGACCCAUAGAUUCAAUCAGGACCCACUUGAGGAGCAGUUUGGCCAGUAUAGACAAAAAGGAGGGGCAAAUGACAAUCCAUCAGUGUACAAUGUUAAGCACAUGAUUUCUGAGAUGAAAGUUAUAGGUUCAUCAGCUCUGCAACCUAUCAGAGGCAAUAUUUCACAGAAGAGGGGUGCAGCCGUAGCCAGGGUAACUGUUGAUGACACCCCUAUGCCAAGAAAGAAACAAAAGCGUUUGAAUUAA